AGAGAGAGAGAGAGAGAGAGAGAGAGAGAGAGAGAGAGAGAGAGAGAGAGAGAGAGAGAGAGAGAGAGAGAGAGAGGAUGGCGUGCAUUUCCGUGCGAGAAAUAGGAGGUGUUUGGCACAGUGUUGGGGUGAAUGAUCGAACAGGUGUGGAAAACCGUCGUUCUGGGUCGAAGGAGGGAGGAGGAGCGCGUAUUUUCUCGCGGGUGGGGCAUGGAGAGAGAGGAUCUUCCGCCCACUCUCGUUUCCUCCCCAUCUCCUGCGACUCCUACUCGGCAUUUCGCUGUAGCAGGGUUGUGAAGAUCGAGGCCGCUUGCGCAGCGAACAAAGGUGUGGCCAUCUCAUUGGGGAAUGAUGCAUCGUGUCAGUCCUUAGAGAGUGGCAAUCUAUGGAGCUACGUUGGGGUUAGCUCCGGCGGGACAAGAUGCCGCGCCGCCUCUGGCGGCGGCGGCGGCUAUGGGCUCCCCUCCCCCGGUCUUAAGCAGCAGAUCGGGAUCGGUCGCGACGACAUUGGCAGGCUUGGAAGGAGCAGUGGUCAGCUGCCACGUGGAACGCGCCGGAAAUCCGCCGCCGCCGUUCUCAUUGUCGUGCGCGCGGCCGCCAAUCCGGAUACCGACGACGCCGGCAGCUCAAGAGGAGGAGGGGGGAGCGGCGGCGGCGGAACCUCCGUCUUGGUGGUGGGAUCUGGAGGAAGAGAACAUGCGCUGUGCUGGGCAUUGUCCCGCUCUCCCUCCACGUCGACAGUCCUGUGCUCGCCGGGAAAUGCGGGCAUCGGCUUGUCGGGAGAUGCCACGUGUCUCGCCGAUCUUGACGUGGCGGACCACGAGGCGGUGAUUGCGCUCUGUCGGGAUCGCGGAGUCGGGUUGGUGGUCGUGGGUCCGGAGGUUCCGCUGGUGGCGGGCCUGGCGGACGCGCUCUGCGCCGCGGGCAUCCCGACGUUCGGUCCUUCCGCGCAGGCGGCGGCGCUCGAAGGCUCGAAGGCGUUUAUGAAGCGCAUUUGCGCGGAGCACGGGAUCCCGACGGCGGCGCACGCUACCUUCACCGACGCGGAGGCGGCAAAGCGCUACCUCGCGGAGGUCGGCGCGCCGAUCGUCGUGAAGGCGGACGGGCUGGCGGCGGGAAAAGGCGUCGUGGUGGCGCAGACGGAGGAAGAGGCGGCGCAAGCUGUGGACGCCAUGCUGGGGCUGCAGGGGGAGGGAGGCGGGAAGAUCCUGAUCGAGGAAUUCUUGGAAGGGGAGGAGGCAUCCUUCUUUGCGCUCGUGGAUGGGGAGCGUGCGCUUCCGCUGGCUUCCGCGCAGGACCACAAGGCCGUCGGUGACGGGGAUACUGGGCCCAACACCGGCGGAAUGGGCGCGUACUCCCCCGCUCCCGUGCUGACACCGGAGAUCGAGCGGGCGGUGAUGGAGACCAUCAUCAAUCCGACGGUCAAGGCGAUGGCAGAGGAAGGUUGCCCUUUUGUGGGCGUUCUAUUCGCGGGGCUGAUGAUUGACAGCAAGACGAACAUGCCAAAGCUUCUCGAGUACAACGUCAGAUUCGGGGAUCCAGAGUGCCAGGUGCUGAUGACGAGGUUGGAGUCAGACCUCACAGAAGUGCUGCUCGCGGCAUGCCGAGGAGGUCUCGACGGUGUCCAGCUCAAAUGGUCCGAUGAUGUGGCCCUGGUCGUGGUAUUGGCUUCGAAAGGGUAUCCUGGAAACUAUCAGAAAGGGUCCGUCGUCAACGGCCUGGAUCAGGCAGAGAGGGCGGCGCCGGGGAUCAAGGUGUUCCAUGCGGGAACGGGUCUGGACGAGAACGGGCAGAUUAUUGCGACCGGUGGUAGAGUGCUCGGUGUGACGGCUGUUGCCCCCAAUGUAAUACAGGCAAAGGAAAAUGCGUACAAGGCUGUCGACCGCAUCGACUGGCAAGAAGGGUUUUGCAGGACGGACAUCGGUUGGAGGGCUGUGAGCAGAGCCAGAAGUAGUGCGCAGGCGGUCGUCACAAGUUCAUAGUUUGUGUUUCUCUUUCUUUUUUCUUAAACAAAUUUCUGGAUUCGAA